AUGACAUACAUUAAUAUAACAAGCGUCAAGUUGUUUGUAAAAGUUCAAAACAUAUUUGGCGUUUGUAAAGUGUUCGCAUGUCUCGUCGUUAUUGGGGGAGGCAUCUACGAAAUUGCUCGAGGUAACACAGGGAACCUGGAUAAAGGAUUUGAGGGCAGUAACUGGAAUCCGGGGAGCAUCGCCCUCGCUCUUUACUCGGGACUAUGGGCCUAUGAUGGUUGGAAUAGUGUGACAGUCGUCACUGAAGAAAUUAUUAAUCCUGGAACCAACGUUCCUCUCAGCAUAUCAAUCGCCGUGCCGCUGAUCACAGCGCUGUACGUGUUCAUGAAUGUGGCCUACAUGGCGGUGCUGAACUUCUCGGAAAUGACGUCGGUCCCGGCCGUGGCCGUGGCCUUCGGCGCGCGAGUCCUUGGCCCGGCCAGCUUCCUCAUACCACUCGGAGUGGCUGUUUCUACAUUCGGCUGUGCUAUGAGCGUGCAGUUUGGAGUCACGAGAGUGUGCUACACGGCCGCACGCGGUGGACAUAUGUUAGAAGCGCUAUCGUACGUUAAUAUAAAACGAAUGACACCUGCCCCUGCUGUUGCAUUCCAAGCGCUGCUAACUACUUUAUUUAUUAUAGUUGGCAACAUUAACACGUUAAUAGAAUUCGCCAGUUGGUUCCUGUGGUUCUUCUACGGAUUGGCCAUGGUGGCCUUACUAGUUUUAAGAAGGACACAAGCGACGAAACCGAGGCCCUAUAAAGUACCGACAGUGGUACCUUGCUUUGUGGUCGUAGUCGCCAUAUUUCUUACGGUGUUCCCAAUAGUGCACAACCCGUCAGUCAAAUAUUUAAUGGCGAUUGGUUUCAUUAUACUCGGUGUAAGCCUGUACACCGUAUUUGUAUAUUAUAAGAAAACUCCUUAUACUAUUUUAAGAAAACUCACGUUUCUGACUCAAGUCCUGUUCGAAAGCGUACCGCCAACCGAUCGUCAAGACUGA